AUGGAUCCUGAUGACUUGGAUCCCAGAGAGCUGGCAACCUCCGCAUUGCACGGAAGAAGGAGAAGCUGGGACCUCUGGCAGAUGGUAGUGGGGGCCGGCUUAGCUGCCUCCAUUGUGUGGACAAGACUGUCUGGCCUCCGCAGAUUGCCUUUCAGGUUACAGGUGCCGUUCGUACCGUCAAGUACCAAGCAGGUGGAGAAUAUGAUGUCGCUGCUGGAGGGGCGCUCGGGGAAGCUGGUGGACUUAGGGUCGGGUGAUGGCAGAAUCGUAGUGGAAGCCUACAGACAAGGCUUUAGACCUGUCCUUGGCUACGAGCUCAAUCCGUGGCUGGUGUGCCUAUCAGACAUUCGUGCCUGGCGGGCAGGGUGUUACAGAAAGGUUCGCUUCUGCCAAGAAGAUUUUUGGAAGGCCGAUCUCUCUGACUGCAGCAAUGUGACCGUGUUCCUGGCCCCUGGCCUGGCCCCUCUCCUUGAGAGGAAGCUGCUUGCAGAACUGCCAGAAGACGCCUGCGUAGUGGUCGCUCGCUUCCCUUUCCUCAAAUGGACACCAAGCAGCAUUACCGGCGAUGGUUUGGAAAGAGUUUGGGCCUACGACAUCGGAGCUGUACGGCAAGCCCAGCGGGGCAAAACAGGAGGGAGCCCAGCACAAGAGGCAAAGCCGCCCUUUCCGAGGCGCUCGGGCAUUCAGCGCCUCCAACCGCACUUUGUCCUCGCGCUGGACGCCAGCCUCGCCCCGUCAAUGCGGACAACCGCCCUCUGGGGACAGUUUGAGCAGCGCUUGGCUGGCCUGCUGGGAGAUGGAGGUGCGGCUCCCGCCGCAUUUCCAAGAGACAUCCUUCCUGCGGCCCUUGCCAUACAGAGCCUUCACGCAAUCACCACCUCUGCAAAAAUCAAGGCCCUCCAGUUUGUGCAGUCGGCAACGCAGUCAUUCUUCGCAUCUAAAAAGAAACCCAAGCGGCACUACUGA